AUGUCUGUUGAUUUAUAUUCAUGUAAUUUUUUUUUUUAUUCAGAUAUUCGACUCCAGUUAAGCGAACAGUUAAGAUGUUUGGACGUACGUAUGGAAGCUCAGGUGGCUUUGGUCGCCGAAUUACAAGAUUAUUUUCGAAAAAGAGCCGAAUUAGAAUUGGAUUAUUCGAAAAAUCUUGAUAAAUUGGCCAAGAGUUUGCAAUUGAGACACAAAGAACAAAAGCAAAAAAGAGAACAUUGGCCGCUUUUUUCAAGUUAUUCUUGCUGGCAACAACUAGUCACACAAACAAAAAAUCUAAGUAAAGAUCAUGCAGCACUCAGCGAAAUUCAUUCGACGCAUUUAGUUAGUAGAUUGGGCCAAGUUAUGGAAGACGUUCAAAGAAUAUACAGAAAAUGUCGGGAAAUCGGUUAUGAAACCCAUGAGGAUAUAUUGAGAGUCUUACACGAGUUGCACACGACAAUGAAAACAUAUCACGCCUAUCAAGCGGAGUUCAGGCAAGCAGAAAAUAAAUUAAAAGUGGCAGAGAAUCAAAGACUUAAACAAGAAUCGACUUUGCCGAGGGAAAAAUUGGAUAGAUCGAAAAAAUAUCGAUUAAUAGAAAAAGAAGUUCAAAAGAGAAAGAAUAAAUACAACGAUGCAAAGCUCAAAGCGUUAAAAGCUCGAAACGAAUACAUGUUAUGUUUAGAAGCAUCAAACACAACAAUUCACAAAUAUUUCGUCGACGAUCUCUCAGAUUUAAUAGACUGCAUGGAUUUCGGGUUCCACAAUUGCAUUUCCAGAGCUUUGCUCAUGCACAUAUCGGCCGAAGAAGGACUCGAAAGAUCCGUUCAAACGGGACUCGAUAAUCUUCACAAUUGCAUCGGAAGUCUCGAUUCGAGAUUGGAUAAGCAAAGAUUUUUGGAAUCGAAUCAUUCGGCAUUCAUGAUACCAAAGAAAUUUGAAUUUCAGGGUCUGCGCGGCGACGAUGGUCCCGAACCGGAGCUUCAAAAAAGUUUGAGAGAGGAAUUGGAAUCUCGUCUCAUGCAAUUGCAACAAAGAAUCACAUCAUUGAGAACGGAAUCGGAAGAAGUUUGGAAAACGUUAGAGACUGCGGAAACGACACUUUUAGAAAUGCUAAAUGCCAAAGAUUACGAUUGUAGCGAAUACUUUGGAGAAAAUGCAGUUCCGGCUAGCAAACCACCGGAAACCGUUUAUAUAAAACUCAGAGCCGAUCGACAAGAGACUGAGGAAUUUUAUUUAAGCAAAUUUCGGGAAUACGUUUUAGGAACGAGUAGAAUAGCGAGGUUGGACGCCAAACACGAACACAUUCGUCAGACUCUUUUGGAAGCCGGAGGAGAUUCUCCCAAUUGGUUGUCCACGGCAAACAAUCACAAGGGAAACAAUCAGGGAAGUUUGUCUCAAACGAAACCACCCAGAAGGAAAAGAAUAGGACGUCAAAUGAACGGACAACCGAAACUUUUCGGAGGAAGUUUAGAAGAAUAUUUGGAGGCGACCAAUCAAGAGAUUCCUCUUAUCAUUAAAAGCUGCGUGAGAGUUAUCAAUUUGUACGGCCUUCAUCACCAGGGAAUAUUUAGAGUGUCUGGUUCUCAAGUUGAAAUAAACAAUUUUCGUGAAGCUUUCGAAAGGGGAGAAGAUCCAUUGGCUGACGUAACGGAUGCAUCAGAUAUAAAUUCGGUUGCCGGCGUUCUCAAACUUUAUCUUAGGGAGCUUCGCGAGCCUCUUUUUCCAAUUAUUUAUUUUGAACAAUUUAUGGAACUAGCUCAGGAAGAAUCAAAAAGGGGAUUCGUAACUAAAAUAAGAGACGUCGUUCAAAGUCUUCCCAAGCCGGUUGUUAUCGUUAUGAAAUACUUAUUCGCGUUUUUAAAUCACUUGUCCGAAUUCUCCGACGAAAACAUGAUGGAUCCAUAUAAUUUAGCGAUAUGCUUCGGUCCGACAUUGGUUCCGGUUCCGGAAGAAAAAGAUCAGGUUCAAUUUCAAAAUUUGGUAAACGAAUUAAUUAAAAAUAUAAUAUUAUUUAACGAAGAAAUAUUUCCGGCCGACGUCGGAACAGUUUUUUACGAGAAAUACAUUUCGAAAGAACCCGACGAAUGCGACGUUGGGGAUUCCCCGUCGGAUCAAAUUCAAGAGGAUUUGGAUUCCGAAGUUUAUCCAUCGGAAGACGAAUCCGACGUGUUGGAAGCAACUGUUCAAUUUGAUUUCUUGGCCAGAUCGGAUAGAGAAUUAAGUCUGAAAAAAGGUGAUAACGUAACACUGUAUACUCAGGUAUCGAACGACUGGUGGCGAGGAAGCGUCAACGGUCAAGAAGGCCUUAUUCCGGAUAAAUACAUUCUCCUAAAGAUAAAGGAUGAAGAUAGAGAAAAAGUCGAUAUACUCAAAUCCAGUUCAUCGGAAGAAUCCAUGAGGAGAAGAGCAUCGAGUUCGAACGAUUCCGUUCUUUCCGGCACAUCUUCAUCUACUCACAAUUCUCCUCUUAUAAGCAUAAGUCCGAUGAAUUGGACACCGGAAACGGAACCGAGAUCCGAUUGGGUCGAUAGAAAUAAUAAAAAAGAUGAAGCGCCGCUCUCGUUGUUGGCGACAACAACGACAACCCACGAGGUACUGGAGACAACCGUUUAA